CACUCGUGUCUCUCUCCUCCAAACGACCAGAUUAGUCUUUUCAGAUUUUUGUUCAUUUCCUCCCCACAAACUCUCUCUCUCUCUCUAGUAAGCUUUUGUUUGUUUCAUCUCUCUCUCUCUCUCUUGCCCUCCCUCUUCUUUUGUUCUCUCCAUAAUUCCCCAGAAAUGAAAUUCCCUUCUUUGAUCUAAAGGAUCUAAUCACAAAAACCCCAACGAACACAAAAAAAAAAGAAAAAAAGCAGAGAAAAUGUCAAUGGAGUUGUCAUCUGAGCGUGUUUGCUAUGUGAGCUGCAAUUUCUGCAACACCAUUUUAGCGGUAAAUGUGCCAUAUGCAAGUCUGUUCACAAUCGUGACCGUGAGAUGUGGCCACUGCACAAAUUUGCUGUCCCUCAACAUGGGAGCUUCACUUCAUCAAAUUACGCCUCCUGCUCAUCAACAAGAUCUUCAGUUGCAUAAGCAGCACAUAACCUCCCCAGAGACAAGGAAGGAGUGUGGGUCAUCUUCCAAGUCCACCACCAGUUCAACAACUUCGUCUUUUGAAUCUGUAGAGCGAGAAGCUCCUAGAAUGCCUCCUAUCCGUCCGCCGCCAGAGAAGAGACAACGUCUCCCUUCGGCAUACAACAGGUUUAUCAAAGAGGAAAUCCAGAGGAUCAAAGCUAGCAAUCCCGAGAUCAGCCAUCGCGAGGCAUUCAGCACCGCUGCCAAAAACUGGGCACAUUUUCCUCACAUUCACUUUGGAUUAAAGCUGGAUGGCAACAAGCAAGGGAAGCAGUUAGACCAGGCAGUUGCAGGGCAAAAGUCCAGUGGCUAUUGCUAGUCCACCUUUGCAUUUGCGCAUAUACAUAUAUACACGUAUCCUCCGUAUAUGUGUAUAUGUAUAUAUGUGUGUAUAUCCUUUUACGUAUCUAUCGCUUUUAUAUAUAUGUCUAGACAGAGCUGAUCAUAAGGAUGAAAAGAAGAUAUAUAUGCAUAUGUAUGCAUGUAUGUAUUGAUGUAUCUAUCUAUGUCUAUUUAUUACGUGGGCUUCUUCUAUGACUCCCUCUCUUAGUACUCUCCUAAAAAGUGACGACCCUUACGGGUUUUUCACGUUGUGAAUUUA